AUGGAGAAACCUCCCUCAAACUCCGCGGCCCGCCGGGAUGAUGGCAACAACUCGGAGAUUCUAGCUGCGGCCGCCACUCACAAGGAAACACUCAACAAGUUGCAUUCUGUUGGCGCAGUCUCAAUGACCCCCGAAUUAUUCGAAAAACUCUAUCUCAAUCCCAUGCAAGUCGUGCCAGGUGAUCUUCGAAAGCGCUUUGGCAAUCCUACACCCAUUGGCCUUGCCGGGUUCCUGCUGACCCUCAUGCCUCUUGCAUGUGACCUUAUGGGCUGGCGCGGUGCUGGCAAGAACGGAGCGGCGACAAUCGGAUCGAACUAUUUCCUAGGUGGUCUCCUCUCCAUCAUUAGCGGCAUUAUGGAAUGGAUACUUGGCAAUACCCUUAUCUCGGUCGUCUUCUUUUCGUUCGGCGGGUUCUACCUGGCUACUGGCGCCGAUCUCACCCCGACUUUCAACGCCAUCGGCGCCUAUGCCCCACCCAACGCCACGUCCCCGUUGGAGGGAGCAGUCACGACAGGAUUCAAUGCUAGCUAUGUCUGUGCCUUGAGAACAAACGUCGUCUACGUCGGGCUCUUUAUGAUGAUCAUCCCGACAUUUGGUCUACUUACCGGCGAGUACUGGGUAUUGGCUCAGGAUUAUUUUGGUAAUGCCGCUCUUGCGCACCGAUUGCAAGUUGGAGCCGGAGCAUGUGCAUUUGUUGUUUGUAUUAUCGCCUGGUACAUUGAGAUCUUUAUUAUGUUCGAAACCAUCGGAAUCGCCACGCUUCCCGUUGGUGACUUGAGCCAUUUCUGGGAAAAGCCACCUCGCAAGAACGAACAUAUGGCAUGA